AUGGCCUGCCGUGCUUUGGAAAUUCUGGCCCUAAUGCUUGGAAUCAUUGGGAUGUUUGGAACUUUUGCUGUCACUCUGAUGCCCCAGUGGAAAGUAACUGCUUUCAUUGAAAAUAAUAUUUUAACCUCUGAAAUUUUUUGGGAAGGUCUGUGGAUGAACUGCAUCAAGCGAAUGAAUGGUCCCCAUGUGUGCGUGAACCAUAUGUCCAUGCUGGCUCUUAAAAAGUCUUUAGGAGUAUCCAGAGCGCUUAUGUGCAUAGCAUGUGCGUUAUCAGUUAUCGCCGUUCUGUUUGCUGUUCCUGGCAUGAAGUGCUUCAGAUGUCUUGGCAAUGUUGAGCAAACCAAGAUGUUAUUGGCUGCUGGAGUCAUUUUUGUUUUGACUGGGAUUAUUGUGCUGAUUCCUGUUUCCUGGGUUGCCAACAAUAUCAUCAAGGACUUUUACGAUACAAAGAUCUCAGCCUUCCAGAAACAUGAAUUGGGAGCAGCACUGUAUUUAGGCUGGACAACCUCAGCAUUCCUGAUCAGUGGAGGAGGCAUAUUAUGCCACUGCCACUGCACAAACCCCAGAAGAGACCUCUCACCACCCAGUCCCAGACUGCACAAACCUGACCAUGUCAAAGGCCAGCCUGCAUCUGCACGCUCCUACGUCUGA